GUCCAAGGCGGUCCCACCAGUAUCACAGUUGGAUGGACUCCUUCUGUCAGUGCCAGUGGCUACAGGAUCCAGUACGACAGUAGUGGAGGCAGCAGUGGUAGUGAGACUGUCAGUGGUGGAGAUACCAACAGCUACACUCUGACUGGUCUUACCAAUGGAGACACCUACACCAUAUCCAUUGUAGCCACAUUACACUUCUCCAGUGACCCUGUUACUGCUCAAACUGCUGUACCUCUAGUUCCUGGGAAGCCAGCCAUCGUCAGUGGGCCAUCAACCGACGCCUCCAUCUCCCUCUCGUGGAGUGUUCCCGGUGGCUCGGUGGUGACCAGCUACCAGCUGGAGUGGUCCUAUGACAAGUGUUCCGAUGAUCCAGUAGAGAACAGAACUGCCAUCAGCACUAGCUCCACCAUGUACAAUCUCACCUUGUCAGAUCUGAGACCAGACACAAACUAUACCAUCUCUGUG